AUGGCUGAAUCUAUUAUCUUCGCCGUUGCUGGAAACAUGAUAACCAAAAUGGGCUCUCUAGCACUCCGAGAGCUUGGAUUGUCAUGGAGAAUCAAUGAUGAGCUCGACAAACUCCAAGGCACUCUUUCUGCCAUUAGAGCCGUGCUUCUCGAUGCUGAGGAGCAGCAGUCCAAGAGCCACGCAGUCAAGGAUUGGAUUUCAAAGCUUAAAGAUGUUUUCUAUGACAUUGACGACUUGGUUGAUGAGCUCUCUUAUGAAACCUUGAAAAAGCAAGUUCUUACUGAAAGUAGAAGAACCACCAAACAUGUACGUAUCUUCUUCUCUAAAUUUCAUCAGGUUUCAUUUGGUCUCAAAAUGGGUCAACAAAUUAAAGAAGUUAGGGAGAAACUAAAUGCUAUUGCUGAUGAUAAAGAUAAACUCCACCUUUCCAUGCGUAUGGGGGAGAUACAAGGCGAUGAGUUGAGAAAGAUACGUGAGACUUCAUCUUUUAUUCCUGAGGGAGAAGUGAUUGGUAGGGAUGACGACAAGAAAGUUAUUAUAGAUUUUCUAUUGGAUACCAAAACCAAAAAGGAUAAUGUUGAAGUGAUUUCCAUAGUUGGUAUGGGAGGAUUAGGAAAGACCGCACUUGCUCAAUCUGUCUAUAAUGAUGAGAAGAUAAACAAACAUUUUCAAUUGAAAUUAUGGGUCUGUAUUUCUGAAGAAUUUAAUGUCAGGACAAUUGUUGGAAAUAUAAUAGAGCUUUUCGAGGAAAAGAAACUUGAACCCCUCCAAUUGGAUAAAUUACAAAGUAUGCUUUGA